AUGGCGCAGCCGGAGGAGAAGAAGCUCCUUCAGGAGGAUGAGGGUGGAGAGAUGGAGACCAGGGUGGGGAAGGAAUCCAAACUGAUUCUGUAUCACUGGACUCAGUCGUUCAGCUCUCAGAAGGUCAGGCUGGCGAUAGCCGAGAAGAAGCUGCGGUGCGAGGAGUACGAUGUGAGUUUACCCCUGAACGAACACACCGAGCCCUGGUUCAUGCGGCUGAACCCGGCCGGCGAGGUUCCGGUCCUGGUUCACCGGGAUCACGUGAUCUGCGAGCCAGCUCAGAUCAUGGACUACCUGGAGGAGACGUUCAGCCACGAGGACACACCCAGGUUGAUCCCGGAGCUGGGCAGUACGUAUUAUCACCGGGUCCAGCAUUACCGCGAGCUGCUGGACUCUCUGCCGAUGGACGCCUACACACACGGCUGCAUCCUUCAUCCUGAACUCACCGUGGACUCGCACAUCCCGGCGUACGCCAACACACGCAUCCGCGCGCAGAUCGGCAGCACCGAAUCCGAGCUGAAGAAGCUGGCGGAGGAAAACCCGGAGCUUAAAGACGCGUACAUCGCAAAGCAGAGACGCCUGAAGACGAAGCUGUUCGAUCACGAUAACCUGAAAUACCUGAAGAAGAUCCUGGACGAGCUAGAGAACGUUAUGGACCAGGUGGAGACGGAGCUCCAGAGGAGAGCCGAGGAGACACCAGAGGAAGGAACUCCGCAGUCGUGGCUGUGCGGCGACUUCUUCAGCAUGGCCGACGUCUCCCUGGCCGUCACCCUGCACCGCCUCACCUUCCUCGGCCUGUCGCGCCGCUACUGGGGUCACGGGCUGCGUCCCAACCUGGAGUCGUACUACGAGCGGGCGCUGGAGCGGCCCUCCUUCCGCCGGGUCCUCGGGCACGUCAACAACAUCCUGAUAUCGGCCGUGCUGCCCGCCGCCUUCAGGGUGGCCAGGAAGAGAGUGCCGGCCCUGGUGGGCACCGGCGUGCUGGUGGGGUUACUGGGAGGGGCCACGUAUUUGGCUUUUCUGUAUUUUAGGAGGCGGCUGCUCGCGUCCUGAAUUCCAUUUAUUUUGUUGGGUUACAGAUUAAUGUUACAGAAAUUACAGAUCAAUAAAAAUACAUAAAUAAUAAUAAUAUUAAUAUCA